UGUUCAGUUUCUGUUCGUACGUCGCUGUGCUUCUCCGCGCUGCUGGCUGUGCUGACACGCACAUUCAUGCAUAGAUUUUUCCUCAUUCGUUUUUUCAAAAAUGGCCGAGUAGGUAGUGCUAAGUGAUAGCUCUCCAUCCGUUUAUAUUAAAAAUCAAAGUGCGCCUUGAAAUUUCCCAUUCUAGCUAGUGUGUGAACAUUUUGGUGAAUUUUAGUGAGUCCGGAUCGGGAGUGUGAAUUCGCUGUCCAGGAGUUGCUCGCCCGUGUGCCUGUUGGCCGUGUGCCGAAAAAAAAGAAAUAUCCGAGCGGAAAUCCAUAGAAAGAGGAAAGCUCGUGACCCUACCCACAGUCUUUUUUUAUCUCGAAAAUAGGAAAAAGAUUUUGUUCUCCUUUUGGAUCAGCAGUCUACUAACCACCAGCGCUCCGCAUAGAAAGAAGACGACAACGACAACCGAAGAAAAGAAAAAGUAAAGUACUAGACUGAGCAGAAGUUCCUCGAUAGGUAGAUUGUCCUCGUGUAGAAAUCAGCGACAGAAGUUUGCAGUUAGAAUCAUCCUUUGAUAAAUCACCGUGAACGAUCGGUUGCUGCUGCGGAACCGGAAACCAUCGCUCAUCAUCGCUGUUAUUGUUCUUCGAGAGCAAUUCCAAAGGAGCAAAAAUCAAUUGCACGACAAAAGGAAGCUGACCCGAUUUUCAGCUUCGAAAAGAACUGUGGCGAAGUUGCCAGAUGCAUUAAGAACAACACGUGGCUGAGACUUUAUUUCCACUUUUUUUCGGAUAUAUGAUCAACGCGAAACGGCAGUAGUGCAAGUGAUAUGUGAAACAAAAUAUUGUGUGGACAAAGAAAAGGAAAUCAUUGCGACGCCAUUGGAGUGUGUAUGUGUAUAUCAUCAAGCACUGCAUCAGUGCGCGACGGUAGCAUAUCGUAGCGAAUAGCGGUGAUCGAAGAGAAGUGCUUCUUUUUUUAGUGAAGUAAGAAUUGUGCUUGAGAAGUGCAAGAUAGAAUUAAGAUCGACCAGAGAAGAGGGAAGGAACGAAUAGAGGACUGCUCGCAAGAGCACCAAAUCUUUUAUGUAUUGCAGUAACCAGAGUAGUAUGGCUACUCUGUUACAGCAGAAAAGUUUUAUGAAAAAUUUGACCAAUGGAGCAAACAACGUGGUCGUCGUAAAUGGCACCGACGAUAACCAGACGACGACAAUGGUGGCAACGAGCGCUGCGAUGGCCGCCGUCCCAGGAUCUGCCUCCCGAAUGUUGCUACCACAUGAAACGUUGGUUUUGCCAACCACCCAUCCACAGCCGCUGAUUCAUCAACAAACGACUGUGAAUAACAUAUUCACCACCACACAUUCUCCUGCCGCCUCCAUUUCGAGUAAUAGCUUUAACAGUCAGUUCAUCAAUCAUCUCCAGAGCACUCAUCAUCUGUCAACACAGCAACUGUUUGGUACCAGCAGCAGUCAACGCAUCGCGACAACUACAAUACCCACCACUACCUUCCAGAGUCAGUACACAAAUGCAGACGUCAAUGCAAUUUUUCGUCCGACCGCAGCAUCCACCGCUAAUAAUACUAGUAUCGUAACAAUGCAAUCCUACGCAUCAUCUCAUCAACAACAACAGUUGCCACACUUAGCGAUCAGCGCUAGUUCCUUAGUAUAUGUAAACGGGACCCAACAGAACUCGGUAAUGGUACCAAAGGAGGAACCUAGUGAACAGCAUCAUCAUUCUCAAACGCACCACUAUCUACAACAGACUGUAACCGAGAGCCAGACUGCCAACACGAUUACAACCACCGAUGCCAGAACUACGGUGUCCGAUGGUUGUGGAGGUCGUGAUACCGGUACCAUUAUUGCCGGGACAGGAGAACAACUAGCAACUGCCACAGCGACUGACGCCCCGGACAUUGCAACAGAAACUACCACCGACCAUGUAGAUGAGCAACAGCAGGAGCAGGAAGCGGAAUCGGAAAUCGAUAUUAUAAUCAAUAAUGUGGUGUGUUCGUUCAGUGUGCGCUGUCAUCUGAGUUUGCGCGAUAUUGCGCUUAAAGGUUUCAACGUGGAAUUCCGCAGGGAAAAUGGAAUGGUCACCAUGAAACUACGACGUCCUUACACAACCGCCUCUAUCUGGUCUUCAGGAAAGAUAACCUGUACUGGUGCUACAUCAGAGGAUCAGGCUAAAGUUGCAGCCAGACGUUACUCGCGUUGCCUUCAAAAACUAGGUUUUAAUGUUAGAUUUAGGAAUUUUCGCAUCGUCAAUGUACUGGGGACGUGCAGCAUGCCCUGGGGUAUCAUGAUCGUGAACUUCUCCGAGAAGUACAAGAAGGAUGCCAGCUACGAGCCGGAACUGCACCCGGGUGUUACCUAUAAGCUAAUGAAUCCGAAAGCAACGCUGAAGAUUUUCUCCACCGGCAGCAUUACGGUGACGGCCGCCAGCGUUGCCUUCGUACAGGCUGCCAUCGAGCACAUCUUCCCGUUGGUGUACGAGUUCCGCAAGAAGCGCACCCAGCAGGAGAAGCUGGAAAUGCUGAAACAGCCGACAUUCGAUCCGGACCAACUGAUCGAGGAAGAAUGUGAUAUCGAGCGGCCAGCAAAGCUCCGGCGAGACAACAACAGUAGCGAAGACGAAGACGACGAUGCGGACGUAUUCGAUGACGACGAGGACGUCCACAGUGGCACUGGCGACGACACCAAAGCAAUACACACCCGUAAGAAUCGUCGCCGAAUGUGCAAAUCGCGCUACAGCAGCUACCGGUGCAACGGCCGGAAGCGUCCAGCCGGUAAGGCCGACAACGAUCCCACCGAGGAUGCGAUGUACGUAUCGGACGACGGUGUGGACGACAUGAUUGAAAGUGAUGAGGAUUAGGUUAACGCACGUCCGGUCGCAGAAGAACGGAAGCACUAGGGAUGUGUCUUAUAUUCUAUGUUUGGCUUUACUCAGAUCAUUGUAGUGCUUGUUCAGUUUUUUGUUGUUUUCACACUUUCUUUCUAUUGUUCUUGAAUAGAAAAAAAACGGGGAUGGUUUGACGGGGUGGUAUCAGCAUAAUACCGCAGAUGGAAUGGAUCCUAUAGGCAUUCGAGUUAGUGUGGACAAUACUGUCUUUCUGUGUAGUCUACAAAUCCUGUGAAUAAUUAUCAGAUAAGAGAAUGAAUAAUUUAUUCAAAUCCGCCAGCUUUCCUUUCGAGCCAAAUAAUUUAAUUUUGUGUAAAUAUAUAUACAGAUACCGUACCACAGCAAUAUAUGCAACGGUUUUAGUAUAGUCAGGGCUUUUAUGGAUGAAAUUAGAUCGUGUUCGUAAGUCCGUCAAAAUAAAUUGUAUAGAGAUUUUGAAGGAUUUCCGGAGACGCUAGAAUUGUAAGUCUUUUUCGACAAGUUCCAACACCACCUAACCAUCAGGAAUAGACGGAGAAGCGUUCCUACAAUGACCGUGCUAUUUCUCAACGGGCAUUACUUUUCACGGUUCAGUUGCGUGAGUGUUCACAUAUGUUCGGAACCAGGUUAGGAAUUGUCUUUUUGUUUGUUUUGUACUCUGUGAGCUUUUUUUUUUCUCUAUGUAACUGUUUAGUUUCGGUUUUGUUUAGUACUUGCUAUUGAAUUGUCACUCUUUAAACGGUACAAUGUUUUGUCAACUUGUUGCUACUUUCUACUGAACCUAGUUGUGUUUGCAGAUUCAGCCAGACUUAUGUUACGUUCAGAAAAUUGAAACAUUGUCAUUUUAUCGGUCUUUCAUGGCUGCAUAUUAUGUUUUUGCUUCUACAAUCAUUAUGUUCCAUCAUUUUUUUUUAUAUCUUUAAUCCUUGUUUAAGUUUGUUAUUGUUAAAGUAAUCAUAUUUCGAUAUUGUGGAUCGAAUUCAAUUUGGCUAUUUUUAGUUUUGUCAGUCAUUCCAAUUGUUGGCUCAGUCUUUGAACAGUCUGUGCUCUUAAUCGCUCAUAAUUGAGCGGUAGCAACUAUGGAACAGAACAAGGUUUUUGUGAUUUUGAACCACAAUCAAUCGUUGCCACUAGUGCUCGACUAAAGCGUGAUGAUCCGAAAAUACAAUGUUUAAUCUAACGUUAAUAUAAAAAAAUACAAUUGGUAGUUACUAGCACAGAUCUACAGUCAAUAAUGUCCAUUGGUUUAAAUUUUAUGUGUCCCAGUAUACUGAGUUUGCAGCACAAUUGAACCAAUCGGGCGGGGAGAACGAAAGAGAAAAAAAACUUCGCAAAAAAUUAGUUGCUACGUGUUAUUUUUAUAUCAUAUCGCAGCAACGGGAUUUAUCAAUCAUGUCGUAUUACUCGUAUCAGGGCUUAUGAUGUUUUGAAAAAACUGAAUAAAACGAGCCCUCUAUCAGAACAGCAACUAAACAUAUAACUAUUCAUAUUUUAAAUGGACAAAACCUGUCUGCAAUGAACCAAGUCAAUAUCAGCAGUUUCAUAUACUUAACAAAACCGUUGACAUACUCUAAAACAUAUGAAACGAUUUAUUUAGAAAUCGUACGUAAACCUACGAAUAUCAGAAUGCUGUCAAUUUCUUACCAGUUUUCACUUCGUUUUUCUACGGAUGUUUUGCUUAGCUCGAGUUUCUCCUUAUGCUUAACACUUACGUUUCCAAAACUUCAUAGAUGAUGAAAAGCCAUAGUCGCGAAAGACGAUUAUUAGAUUCGUCGCAGUAUCAAUCAAAUAAAUCGAAGAAAACAAAAAGUAAAUCUAUAAUCAAAAGAUUGCAUACAUUGAACCAGAAACAAGCGAAGGAAAUUGAAUAUUAGAAAACAAGAACACAAAAGUGCUUUUUGUAAAUCUAUUAUAAACAUAUGAUGAAAUAACUUGUAAUAAGAAUGAAAUCUAACAAUUGCUAUUUGUGAGAUUUGUAUAAAUAGCUUAAACCAGAAGGAGUAAAAAAAUCUUAUAAGAACGAUAAGCAACACAUUGUAAGCCUUUCCCCCCCUCUAUUACGUACCCGAACUAAUUAAUUGGGCGCUACUACCUUUCGAGGCUGGCAGUCAGACAACGGCCGCCGCUGGCUCCAAUUAUCACACUAAACGUUUCUAUACGCCCCUUUGUCGUUCUGUCAGUUCCGAAUAACUGUGCUAAAACACAAUAAAACUUAGCAAAUAACAAACAUGAUGUUAAUCAUAGCGUAAAGCAUGGAACAAGCGGUAGUGUUUAAUAAUUCAGAAUAAAAUAUCUAGCAAAACAAGAAAAGAAAAUUAAAAACAACAACAUAAGAGUGUAAGUGACAAACCAAAGACUUAUAAGUAAUUUAUAAUAAAGAAAAGCAAACGACAUGAAACUUGUGAAGAGAAAAAAAACCAUUAAAACAUACACUCACAACCAGAAACGUAAAAUCAAUACGAAUAAUCAAUUAUUACUGGAGCAAACUAAAAUAGUAAGUUGUUGAGGAGUGUCAGGAUCAUGUUUCGCGCUGAUAUAGCAAAACGUACAGUAAACACAGACACACCCACACCAACAGACAAACACACACAAAGAAAUCUCAAAAUGUGACCCUCUGGAAGACGAAAAAAUCAGCCCAAUGCCUAUGUUUUAGUUUCAUCUAUGAUUUAACACCACUGAACGCACAAAUCGCGCAGCAAAGUGAUAGAAACAGUUACUCAAUUGUGUAUAUUUAUUAAACUAUUAGCGGUUAAACCAUAUUUUGAGCAUGCGAAAGCGAAAAAGAAAAACGAAAUGUCUUGUCUAAAGUGCCCAUAUCACUUUCCCAAAAAAAAAAAACGAUGAACGGUAAAGCGACGAUUUGUACGACGUCCAGUGGUACAAGGUUUCGAACGGCCCUUUCCUCUUGGCCAGACGGGUUACACACCUACACAACACCCUUCGUAUUUAUUGACACACAUUGUUUCCUUUUUUUUUUUUUUUGAAAAUUGAACACACAAAACACACAAGAGCAUAUGUUCUCUGAUGCUUCUUGAGGAAACGAUCUCUCAUUAUUUGAGGGAACGGGAAGCCGAAUGUAUGAAAAAAGGGGCAAAACUCUACUGUCAAAACUAGUAAACCUAGUGCACACAGCACUGGAGGACGGAACGUACCAAUCCCGCUGGUCCCCGUCCCCGUCUGUAUGGAAAGGCGUAUAUAGGUCAGUGGCGAUCCUCACACUCAAAAAAUCAUAAAUAUUAAGUGAUUGAAGAAAUUCGGUGUCUUUUUUGUAGCGAAAGCAACAAACAGAAAACAAUGUAAGGAGCAAGUAAAACAAGAAUGAAGAGAAAUGAUGGCGAACGCGCGGGAGGGAAACAAAGAAAGCAAGAGUAACAAAUUUUGUUGUAAGUAGGAAAACUAAUAAUUUUAUAUAUUGUAUUGUGUUUGUAGUAGGAGAACAAAAACUAUAUAAAAUGCCUAAGACUAGAAGAAAAAUUAAAAGGAAUAACAAGGAAAAAUGAUAAAAAGUGAAAAAUGGGAUAGAGAAAAUAAUGGAAACAUUUGAUGGAUCAAUAAAAAAUCGAAAAAUGUUCA